CUGAAAUGAAAGUUGACUUCCUCAUUGUGGAGACCCAUGUGACAUGUUCCAAUGUCUGAAAAGUGAAUCUAGCUGAAGCCUUCCAGAUCUUUGGAGAGAGUCCACCUUCAAGCAUUCUUAGGAUGGGAGCACCUGCUGCUUCAAUCAUAAUGAAAUGGCUGCUUUUGGUGCUCCUGGGUUGUUCCUCAGCGAUGACACAACUUCACAAAGAUCCCACCCUGGAUUAUCACUGGGAUCUCUGGAAGAAAAACUAUGGCAAACAAUACACAGAAAAGAAUGAGGAAGCAGCACGGCGACUCAUCUGGGAAAAAAAUCUAAAAUUUGUGACGCUUCACAAUCUGGAGCAUUCGAUGGGAAUGCAUUCAUACGAUCUGGGCAUGAACCACCUGGGAGACAUGACCAGUGAAGAAGUGAUGUCUUUGAUGAGUUCCCUGCGAGUUCCCAGCCAAUGGCGAGGAAAUGUCACUUACAAGUCAAAUGCUAAUCAGAAAUUGCCUGAUUCUCUGGACUGGAGGGAUAAGGGGUGUGUUACUGAUGUGAAAUACCAGGGUUCUUGUGGUGCUUGUUGGGCUUUCAGCGCCGUGGGGGCCCUGGAAGCACAGCUGAAGCUGAAAACUGGACAGCUGGUGUCUCUGAGCGCACAGAACCUGGUGGAUUGCUCGACUGCAACAAAAUACAGCAAUAAAGGCUGCAAUGGCGGGUUCAUGACGGAGGCUUUCCAGUACAUCAUCGACAACAAGGGAAUCGAUUCAGAAGCUUCCUAUCCCUACAAAGCCAUGGAUGGAACGUGCCGAUAUGACUCAAAAUAUCGAGCUGCCACAUGUUCAAAGUACACUGAACUUCCUUAUGGCAGUGAAGAAGCCUUGAAAGAAGCUGUGGCAACUAAAGGACCUGUGUCUGUUGCUAUAGAUGCGAGUCAUCCUUCUUUCUUCCUCUACAAAAGUGGCGUCUACUAUGACCCAUCCUGUACUCUGAAAGUGAACCACGGUGUGCUGGUCAUUGGCUAUGGCAACCAGAAUGGGAAAGACUACUGGCUUGUGAAAAACAGCUGGGGCCACAACUUUGGUGACAACGGAUAUAUUCUGAUGGCAAGAAAUAGUGGAAAUCACUGUGGAAUUGCCAGUUACCCCUCUUACCCAGAAAUCUAGAGGAUCUCUUCAUUGUUAUAACAAACCAAAAAAGAUGAAACACUUUCUCUUCACUUAAUUUUACCUGCUGUAUCCGGUAGAAAUAAGUGUGUCAUGAUCAAUGCAUAUUUACUGUACUAACAGAAUAUAUAGUUGGAGUCUUCUACUUUUAAUUUUGCAGGUCUUAUGAAAAGUUUGCUAAGUAAAAAUUAAUAAUGUACUGUAAUUAUAACUGUGUGAGAAUUAGUCAACCUGACACAAUCUGUCAUGUUUGUCAUUGUCUUAUUUUAUACUCUUUGUCUUUUUAAGUCCCCGUGUAACUUGAUGGCAUAUAAAUGCUUAAUAAAUACCUGUCAAUUCAGCUUU